GUUGGCAAUUGGUCAGUCCAUUGUCAAAUGUAACCUUUCUUUUUCAACACAAUUUUCCUUCAGUAGCAAUUUUCUAUAGUUUACACAUUAAUUUACAUAACAUUUAAAAAUAAAAUAUAAGGAGGGGUAUAUAACUUAACCUUUAAUAAUGUCGAGCAAAGAAGAUUCUAAGCCACCUCCAGAAGCCUCGGGAACGUCAAGUUCUUCAACUUUUAGUGUGGAAAGUCUCCGUCAGUACCUAGCUGAAAAAUUACACAUUUUGGACAGUGGACUGUCGCAAGAAAAAAAAGUUAAAGUUUUAGAUGAUGUUUCUAUCGACGGAAUUGUUGAUUACAUUAAGAAACGUUCAAGUAUAAAUAUUAUUACAAUGGCGGGUGCGGGUAUAUCAACCUCGGCCGGCAUACCAGACUUUAGAUCACCCGGUUCCGGGUUGUACAGCAAUUUACAGAAGUAUAAUUUACCACAUCCACAGGCAAUUUUUGAACUUGAUUUUUUUUAUGAUAAUCCCAAACCUUUUUUUGUACUUGCUAAGGAAUUAUAUCCUGGUAGCUUUAAACCUACAAAAUGUCAUUAUUUUGUUAAGUUACUGCUUGAGAAAGGGCACCUCCUACGUCAUUUUACACAAAAUAUUGAUACUCUGGAACGUGUAGCAGGAAUUCCUGAAGAAAAGCUUGUUGAAGCUCAUGGUACAUUUCAUCGUGGCCAUUGUUUGGAAUGCAAAAAGGAAUAUUCAUUAUCUUGGAUGAAAGAAAAAAUAUUUGAAGACAAAAUCCCUAUUUGUGAGACUUGUCCGGGAAUAGUAAAGCCUGAUAUUGUAUUUUUUGGAGAAAACUUGCCCGAGAAAUUCCACAAUUGUGCCCAUACGGAUUUUGCAAAAUGCGAUCUACUGUUAAUAUUGGGCUCCUCUCUAGUUGUGCAACCGUUUGCUUCAUUAAUGGAUCGAGUGCCCGACACAACUCCUCGAAUGCUGAUUAAUAGAGAAAAAGCUGGGGAACGGACGGGAUUAUUGUCAUUGAUUGGAAUGGGAUCGGGUUUCGAAUUUGACAGUCCGGACAAUACUCGAGACGUCUAUUGGCUUGGAGAUUGCGACGAAGGCUGUCAAAUACUAGCGGAUAAAUUAGGUUGGGGUGAUGAGCUUAAGAAAUUGGUGGAAAAAGAACACAAACGCAUUGAUGAAGAAAGUAAAGGUGAUAAGAAAACUGAAGACAUUAAAAAAGAAUCGAAAAUAGAACAACCACCUAAAAAUGAAGAGUGAAAGGUUAAUCAUAUUGGUUUCUAUAGUUCUUUCCAUUUCUGCAUUUUAAAAAUUUGAUACUGUUAGAGAAAAUAUGUUAUAAAUAAGAGGUUUAACAUGUUAAUGAAGAUAUAUUGUUUUAAUUAUUUAUGCAUCUAUUAUAUAGACGGUAUAUGUUGUUUUAGUAAAAAUUGACCCGA